UUUGAAAGAAGUAUUAGAAAAGUUUGACUUCAAUAGCGACGGGAUAGAGGCAAUCUCCCUAUUUGAACUACCAGUUAGCGAGAUUCAAGAAGAUAAACGCUUCAUGCAUAAAUACGUCGUGGCAUUACUCCAUUCAGCUCUCCACAUUGAUCUUGAGGAUAUUCUCUGUAUCACCGAAGGCAAGCAACAUAAAAAUGUCAAAAAACUAGAGAGUUCAAUUAAAACGAACAUAAGAAAGCGAGAGCAAGAAGAGGAGGAUUUCUACUAUGUGUAUAGUAUUGUUACAACGGGUCGUGGCUGGCACUUUUUGGAGGAAAUCACACUUUACGUAAGAAUGUGGGCGUGUGUUGAAAAAUCUCCGGCUACAAAAAGG